AUGGAGCUCAAGGGAGUAAAGUUGUGGUUACUACACGUAACAGAGACGUUGCAAGAAUGAUGGGAACUGUUGAACUUCAUGACGUUGAGAUCCUAUCAGAUGAUGAUUGCUGGUCAUUGUUUGCACAACAUGCCUUUGAGAAUAGAAGUAUUGCUGCAAAUCCAAAUUUGGUAUCGAUUGGUAAGAAAAUUGUGGAGAAAUGUAAAGGCUUGCCUCUGGCUGCGAGGACGCUUGGUGGCCUGUUACGAUGCAAAGAGCGAGAUGAGGAAUGGGUAAAUGUAUUGCAUAGUAGAAUAUGGGAUUUACCACUUGAAGAAACUGACAUCCUUCCUGCUCUGAGAUUAAGCUACCAUCAUCUCCCUACGCAUUUGAAACAGUGCUUUGCAUACUGCUCAAUAAUACCCAACGACUAUGAAUUUGAGGAAGAGGAGCUAGUCUUGUUGUGGAUGGCGGAGGGCUUCAUUCAGCAACAAAGAGAGAAGCAAAUGGAAGAUGUAGGAGGUGAGUACUUUCGGGAAUUGUUGUCACGGUCUUUUUUCCAACCAUCAAGUACUGGUAAAAGCUCUAAAUUUGUGAUGCACAACCUCAUCCAUGAUUUGGCUCAAGUAGUUGCAAGAGAAACUUGUUUUAGAUUGGAGGAUAGAUUGAAAUAUCCAGAGCAGUGCAAGAAUAUAAAGAAAGCUCGAUAUUCAUCUUAUAUGCGGGAGCAAUUUGAGGGUAUGAAAAAAUUUGAGACUUUCUGCAAAGCAAUGCAUUUACGAACCUUCUUGCCAUUUAACUUACCAUAUGGUUUGAGUUGUUAUUUGGCAAGCAAUGUUCCCCUUGAUCUAUUGCCGAAGCUAAGACGUUUGAGGGUGCUCAAUAUGAAUAGAUAUCACAUCACAGAAGUUCCAAAUUCGGUUGGAGAUUUGAAACAUCUACGGUACCUUAACCUAUCCCACACCUCCAUUGAAGAAUUACCUAAAUCACUAGGCUCUCUUUACAAUCUACAAACAUUGAUGUUAAGAGAAUGUGAAAAACUGAAAAAGUUGCCAACAGACUUGGGAAACCUAAUUAACCUACGUCAUCUCGAUACUACAGAUGCACAUUCCUUAGAAGAAAUGCCACUGGGAAUAGGUAAGUUGUCUAAUCUUCAAACACUGUCCAAUUUUAUUGUUUCUAAAAACAGUGGGUAUCGGAUAAAAGAGUUGGGGAACUUAAUUUAUCUACGAAGGAAGCUUUGCCUAUCUGGAUUACAGAAUGUGGUGAAUUUAAUUAAUUAUCCCAAUUAA